CAUCACCCUCCAAGCCAUGUCUCAACCUGCCGCGCUCGACAAGCGCGACGAGCCCGUCGCCGCCGCCGCGGCUGCGGCCGCACCGACAAGAGUCCCGCUUUCCCUCGGCGAGAUGUUCAUGGUGGGCGGUUUGGCGGGGUGCGCGGCUGUCACCGUCACCAACGUCGCCGAGACGAUGAAGACGCGUCUGCAGCUGCAGGGCGAGCUGGUAAAGGCCGACGCGAACGCGCCACGCGUGUACAAGAACGUGUGGGACGUGUUCCGCAAGACAUGGCGGAACGAGGGCAUCCGCGGCCUGCAGCGCGGUCUGCUCCCGGCGUACGGAUACCAGAUUCUCCUGAACGGAUCGCGUCUGGGAUUCUACGAGCCUGUGCGGCAUAUCAUCAACCGCACGGCCGGGUAUGUCCCGGACGCCGGCGUAGCAUGGACGGCCAUCAUGGCCGGCGCGACGACAGGGUGUAUAGGCGCGACUCUUGGCAGCCCGCUCUUCCUCAUCAAGGCGCGCAUGCAGGCGUACAGCCCCGUCUUGCCCGUCGGUGCGCAGCAUUACUACCGCAACUCGUGGGAUGCGCUGAGCACGAUUGUGCGCGCGAACGGCAUCAAGGGGCUGUACCAGGGUGUCUCGGCGGCCAUCCUCCGAACGGCGUGUGGCUCGUCGGUUCAGCUCCCGUCGUACAACUACUCCAAGUACAUCUUCAAGAAGUACGGCAUCAUCAAGAAUGAUGGCUUCGCGAUGUACCUCGCCGCAUCAGGCGUGUCGGGCGUGGUUGUCUGCGCCGCCAUGCAGCCCGCAGACACUGUUCUUACGCGCAUGUAUAACCAAAACACCGUCACCGACCCCGUCACCGGCAAGACGCGCGGCGCGUUGUACUCAAACCCCAUUGACUGCCUUUGGAAGACGUUCAAGACCGAGGGCAUCAAGGGGUGGUACAAGGGCACCACCGCGCACUUCCUUCGUAUCGCCCCGCACACGGUCAUCACGCUCGUCGCCAACGAGCUCAUUGGCAACGAGUACAAGCGCAUCACGGGGCGCGGGUAGGCGGCUCUCGAUCCAUUCAGUUCUUUUGGUGUACUCUUUGUCUCUAUACCCUGUCAGCAAUAGAAACUGGGCAUGCAUGUGCAUCACAAGG